AUGGUUCCAUGUGAGCUUUUCAACACACUGGCAUGGAUUUGUGGUUUUUCAUCCGAGCCCACUUUAAACAAUUAUGUGGAAAUAGACCAUAAAGAGAGUGCCAAACUGAUGUCAAUUACACAAGACCUAGUAAACUUAGCAUCUAAUCAAAGGAAUCCCACUCCAAAGAGCAUAGCACUUGCCAUGGCACUUAGGCAACUGACAGGAUCAGCCUCAGUUAUAUCUUUAUUAAGUGGCUUGGGACAUUGCAUGUCUUACUCAUUCGUAUUAUCUCAUGAAACAGCACUAGCACAGUUGAAUAUAUCUAAGGACUCUACUGUUCCUCCCGGUUUUAUUGGUAAUGUACCAACUACACUUGCAUGGGAUAAUGAUGACUUCUCAGAAGAAACUAGAUCUGGAAAGGGAACAACUCCUAUAACUGGAGGAAUUAUCAUUCAAAGGGAUGUUGCUGUAUCUUAUGAGUUAGAGAGAAGAGAGAGUAUUUCCCGAAGGAAAUCAGUCCUAGCACCAUCAAAGGAUAUUGAACCAUAUUUCUUGGAAAACGAAAAACUGUUAACUUGA